GGUGUCUGUCUACUCCUUCUGUGCCACUACGGCUUGCGUCUCUUCAGGCCAAGUCUUAGGAUGUCUGUCAAUGAAGAGCAAAACAAACCCCUAAACAGAGAUGGGAGACAGAUCAGAUGGACACUGUGAAUGCUGCUAAGAGAAGCCCCUUGUGCCUCUUACUCCUUCCCCUACCUCUAUCCUCUCCCCUAUCCAGCAUCCUACCAGGAUAUUGGAUAAAACUAAUCAAACAAAUCUAAGAUGGCCGUGCUGAAAGUCAAAUUCACCAAGACCAACAGGGACAAGCUUGCCCAGGUGCUGUGGAUCCUCAACUGGGUUUCCGUGGUGACGGGGAUGAUUCUGUUUAGCCUGGGGCUCUUCCUAAAGGUGGAGAUCAACAAGCGCUGGGAGCUUAUGGCAGAGAGGGACCUCCACUACGUCCCCAACAUGCUCAUCGCCACAGGCCUCAUCGCCUGUGGCAUCAAUUUCCUGGGCGGGAAGAUCUGCUACGACUGUGCGGACACCACUAAGUUCCUGCGUUGGAAGCUACUGAUGCUGCCCUACAUCAUCUGCACCUUCUUCUUCACCUUCUGCAUCCUGGUGGGGGCUCUCAUGUGCUACGGCAUGCGCAGUGAGCUGGAGGAGGCUCUGGACCUGGGUCUGCAGGACGCCAUGCGCUAUUAUAAGGACACGGACACACCAGGCCGCUGCUUCCUGAAGCGCACUGUGGACCUGCUGCAGAUCCAGUUCCAGUGCUGCGGCAACUUCGGCUUCAGAGACUGGUUCCAGAUCCAGUGGAUCAGCAACCGCUACCUGGACAUGUCCCGCAGGGAGGUUGUGGACCGGCUGAGGAGUAACGUGGAAGGGAAAUACCUGAUGGACGGGGUUCCCUUCAGCUGCUGUAACAUUAACUCACCACGGCCCUGCAUCCAGCACCAGAUCACCAACAGCUCAGCCCACUUCAACUAUGAAUACCAGACAGAGGAGCUCAACUUGUGGAGGAAAGGCUGCCGCCAGGCCCUGCUGGAGUACUACACCCACAUCAUGCAGUCCAUCGGCCUCACCUUCCUCAUCAUCUGGCUGUUUGAGCUGUCGGUGCUGACGGGGGUGCGUUACCUCCAGACAUCCCUGGAGAACGUGCUGAGACAGGGAGACCCAGACUCAGAGUCCGACGGCUGGCUCCUGGAGAACAGCUUUGUGGAGACAGCCAGAUCCAACUUCAACAUCAUAAAGAGCUUGGGGAAGUGCAACCAGAUUGACACAGCCAACAAUGGCGACCCCAACAUCGAUGUCCCCUCCACAGCCUACUAUGGACCAGACAACCUGCCCCCAAAACAGAUACCUGUGGCCAGUUGACCCCUGCUCAGACACUUACCUUAAAUAGUCCACUCCACAGAGCCCUCAAAAGGUGAGGGACCAGGCACAGUUUGUCUAAAGGACAGGAACUGCCCUUCAAGCAAUAAAAGCUACAUAAAAGCUUGCCUGAAAGAAACAUGGAAUUGUGGCGGCAUAGGACUGAGCAAUGUGGCAAACCGAGCAAUGUUCGUGAAAGGGAGAACUGCCAUUACAGGGGGGAGUUAGUGAUAUGACAGUAUGCAAAUGUGUUUGCAAAAGAGACAUCCCAUAGCAGAUUGGUACAGAACACUAUCAUAAUAUAUAACAUGGAAAUGUAUAACAGAGAUUGUUUAGCAAGAGCAUACAAACAAAAUCAAUGUGUCAUCAAUUCUAUGCCAUCAUCACCUUGUUACCUUCUUUUCAUAUACCCAUAAUCAAAUUAAUUUAAGAGUGAAAGCCAAACUGUGUUAUUCUGCCUUCAACUUCAUUGACAAGCGUCUACAGAACUGCAUUUAGGUCAAACAUAUUAUUCUCUCAAUAGAUCUAGAGACUUUUCAACUGAAAUAGCACAGAUAUAAAAUUGUCAUUUUGCACAUAAAACAAAGCAAACAGUCAGUCACUUCCCAACUUCCUAACUACAUUGAAUGUGCCUCAGCCUGAACGUAAUGAUAGGGACAUUGGUCUAGAUGAAAAUAUGCAGACCUUUUCCCACAGUAAUGGGACAAGCUUGUAGAAAAACAUGGCAAUUAAAUGUGUACUGAGUCUUGAUAAAAUACCUAUAUAGGCUUUUAUAAAUAUUCACUCUAGUUUUCUACAGCUAUAGACCAAUGCAACUCAGCAUGUCUUACUCACUGUUAUAACCAAGCCUUCAAGAAAUCUUACAAAUAUGACAACAGGGGAAGGAUGCAUGUGAGUUAGAGGCGUUUGUGGGAUAGACAGAUGGAAAUCCUAAGGGAAAGAGUAAAUAUCAGCUUAUAAAUGCUAAAUCAUUUUGGAACUUAUACAGUUAUCAAGGUUUUGCUGAUAGUUGCUCACUGGAUUUGUUCAGUAGCAGAUUGUUUCUCUCAAGAGUGUUAAUGACUGGUAAGACACAUUCUGUAGGAGAAAUGUGUAGACCAAGCACACAAGUGUUGACACUUAAAAUAAAUAUCACUGCUGCCAUUUUUCUACUGUACUCAGAAAUAAAACACCAAGUCUUUC